CAUGUAACUAAGAGAACUGCGCCGACCGGCCCCGGCUCGUUCGCUUGUCCAGCAGGGCCGCGCCCAUCCGCCCCCGGGGUGGGGGUCGGGUUGUGAACGCUGGCAGGACCCACCGUGGGGUUCACACACGGCUCAAUGGCAUCGCCAAAGAGAUUGCAGGGUCUCACAGCAGCUACAAUCACUCCAAUGACUCCAGAUGGAGAAAUUAACCUCUCUGUGAUUGGGCAAUAUGUGGAUUAUCUUAUAAAAGAGCAGGGUGUGAAGAAUGUUUUUGUGAAUGGCACAACAGGAGAAGGGCUGGCACUGAGCACCCAGGAGAGGAAGCAGCUGGCAGAGGAGUGGGUGACCAAAGGGAAAAACAAGUUGGAUCAUGUGAUCAUUCACGUGGGAGCAUUAAAUCUACCAGAGGCAAAGGAACUGGCCAAACAUGCAGCUGUAAUAGGAGCCAGUGGUAUCGCUGCGAUUGCCCCCUUUUUCAAACCUACAAACAAAGAUACAUUGGUUGCUUUCUUACGGGAAGUUGCAUCUGAAGCCCCUGGCAUUCCAUUUUAUUACUAUCACAUUCCUUCUUUAACAGGUGUAAAGAUUCGUAUUGAGGAGCUGCUGGAUGGUAUAAAAGAACAGAUCCCCACCUUCCAGGGGGUGAAGUUCAGUGACACAGACCUCUUGGACUUUGCACAGUGUGUGAAGAACAACAAAGAGCAGUUUGUGCUACUCUAUGGGGUGGAUGAGCAUCUGCUGAGCGCACUGGCAAUGGGAGCAUCUGGGGCAGUUGGAAGCACAUACAACUACCUGGGCAAAAGAAACAACUUGAUGUUGGGCUUUGCAAAGCAAGACCUUGCAUUAGCACGACAGCAUCAGUUCUGUACUGGAGAAUUUCUCAGCUUUGUAUUCAAACUAGGUUUUGGUGUUGCACAGACUAAAGCAGUCAUGAGUUUUACCUCAAGGAUUCCAAUGGGUCCCCCACGGCUUCCGCUCCUGAGUGCCUCUGUGGAUUUUAUUGAGAAAGCAAAAGCUAAAAUGGAUAGCCUGAUUAUGUGACUGUCCCAGCAGUUGAUCUGAUAUUAAUAUGGAUCUGGAGGUUUGGGGCCUCUGCUUUUGUGAUUCAUCACUCAAAGAGUUCUCGUUGGGGGGGACACUGACUCAAUGAGAUUUCCAUCAGUUAAUUUGUAAUAAGUGACUUCCUAUCAAGGAUGGCCUUGUUAGUCUAUGUCUUGCUUUCUUUCCUUUAGCAUUACCCAAAGGGGGAACUUUUAUAAUACAGGUGAAUUCUGUUCAUAUGAAUGGCCUGGAGGACAUCUGAGACCUUUGGAUAACCAGGUGUUCAGAUAAAUGGAAGUGCUAUUUUUAGCUGCAGUUUCACAGGUCUGGUCUACACUUCAAAUUGAGGUCAGCCUAGCUACGUUGUUAAGAUGCCCUAACCUCUCUGGUAGAUGUGGCUAGGUCAAUGGAAGAAUUCUUCUGUUGACCUAGUUACUACCUCUUGGAGAGGUGGAUUACACCUAUUGAGGGCACACCCCCUUCUGUCGCUGUAGGAAACGUCUACACUAUGGCGCCACAGCGGCACAGUUCCAGUGCCAUAGCCGUGCCGCUUGAGUGACUGUAGUGUAGACAAAGCCACUGUUUCAUGCUGCAGUGAUGCCAGUCCCAGAGGGAGGAGGGGAGAAAAGGAUCUGGUAUCACUGCAGAAUGAAAGGCUGGAGGGUGGGGGAGACAAAGAGGAGGAUGGGAGAGAGAAAAGAAAGGAGGUAGAGGGGAAGGAGCCACAGGAGACAGGAGCCUUCUUGACAGCCCAGGAUUCCACAAGCACCAGUACAGAUACUGUAGUGAGGGGUACAGCUGCCUGGCUCCCUCCCCACAGCUGUCAGCGCUAAAAGUGCUCAAACAACACCAAGGAGGUUUUUGUCUCCUGCAGCUAUUCCCCCUCUUAACUACAUUUUGGAUCCCCAAGAGUGUGAUCUGAAAGAACAGUGUAUCCCCCAUGCGUGUAAUGAGCUGCUAAGAGGUUAUCUGAAUCAGCACAAUUAAUUGGGCUAUUCAGUUAAUUGAAAUUUGAACUUUGCCUGUAGUUACCUCUGCCCUAUGGUGCACAAAAGCAAGGUAUGCUUCUAAUGAAGCAAACUUAUAAGGGUAUGUCUGUACUGAAAAUGCUACAGCAGCACAGCUGCAG